UGGGCCCGUGAGCCGUGGCCGCUGAGCCUGCGUGUCCGGAGCCUGUGCUCCGCAACGGGAGAGACCACGGCGGCCUACCAAGUUGAUGAGAAGACGGCAGAGCAGGCUCGAUGGGAGCACGCCUCCAAAGAGACAAUCAAGAGGACCGCUAAACCCUGUCCCCGUUGCCGCGUACCGGUGGAAAAACAUGGAGGGUGCAUGCACAUGAAGUGCCCGCAGCCCCAGUGCCAGCUCGAGUGGUGCUGGAACUGCGGCCGGGAGUGGAACCGCGCCUGCAUGGGGGACCACUGGUUCGACGUGUAGCUGGAGCAGCGGCCACGCAGGCGCACUCAGCCGCCAUCCCGCUGGGAAACACACAGAGGGUCCUAGUGUCAUCUGCUCCUUCUCCUUUCUCUAAACGCACACACACGCGCGCACACACACAGGUCUUUCCAGAAUCACAAAAACAGUUAUAAGAGAAGCUCCCAGGAUCCCUUUCAUUGUGCCCCUGAGAGACAGCCAAGCCAACGGUGAGACCAUCAGGAAGUAUUCACAGGCCUCGGCAAUACGCAGACACCAGGGCACAGAUGGCAGCGCAAUUCACCUUUUGUAUGGGUUGUCAUUCUGGAGUGAAUUCAAGUCAGGCUGGAAAAAUACACAGAGAUUUCUCAGGUUCAGUUACCUGCCUUUUACCUUCAGCAAAUAAUGGGAAGAAGCCUUUGGUGAGGCGGGAAGUCGUUCUGAGGAACUGUGGUCAGUGGUUCUCUCUAAGAUUGACUGCAAUGGAUUCUGAGAACGACAUUCACAGCUUAAAAAGCGAUGCUCUUAUUUAAAUUUUCAGAGAGCAUCUACUCCCAAAGAACACAGGCAAUAGUCAAAACCAUGUGUGUAUCCCCAAGAAUUCUAUUUUUAUGUAUUGCAUUAAUGAAAUAUCAACUCUGCAUGAAUCAGCUUGUCAACUAAGUGAGAAAUUAUGAAACUUAAUCUGAACAUUGAAUGUUCAGUAUAGGGAAGAAAUCAAAACUUGGUGUACUUUCACUUCAUUUAAUUAUAUGCAACUUUAGAAAGAAGUUGUUUUUCUGAAAAUAUUACAAAAUCGAGAAUUUGAUUUUAAACAUUCAUUUUGAGCUUGGAGAAUAAGCUCAUCCAUCUGGCUUCACUGUCGAUGUAAAAUGAAUAAGGUGCCUCUAGAGGGGACACUUUUAGAAAUGACUUCAUAAUGAUUCUCAGUGUUAACAAACAUGCAGGUUAUUAAAGCAGAAUCUGUAAAGAAGGAGCGUUUCCAGAUCAUCAAAAUGAAAUUUUAUGCACUUUCUGUCCACCUGGACCAUGUUAAUUACACUUUUUUGUAUCAAAAUAUUUUAUACCAAAAUAUUUUAUUCUGGACCCCUUUCAGAUCUGAUUCAGAUUACAGUUGUCAAAGCAACGGCGUGCAAAGGGAAACUGCCACGGCAACAAAAAUGUGCCCAAGAGGAUAAAGGCUUCAUUGGGGACGAUUCGCUGUGGUGUGGAACCAAACUACAUUAUAAGUGCAAUUAACAUGGCUCAGGACAGCCCACUCGGGGCUCUGCCCGCCCAACGGCUUAUUCAGAGUUCUCUUCUCUAGGAUGUAAACUCACACGAGAAAAUUUCCUCACGUUAACGUGGCUUGAAUUGGAUGGUUGAUCAAGUUUUCAUCCUUCUUUUAUUUUUGAGGCAUUCACAAUACAUCAAAAAGAGAUGUGUUUACACUGAAUGCAGCAAACCUCAUCCUCCACAGCACAGCGUGAGACGGAAAAGUCAAACCACUGUCUUUGUUCUCGUCCGCCUUCUCAGGAAGAUCGUGCCCAUCACUGAGGGUGUAAUGACUCUCACUAGAGCACAGGGUUUCUUUUGGAGUUAGAGACCCUGGAAAUUAUGACAUCUGUAGCAGGCCUUGUCUUUGUAGACGCAGCACCAGAAAUCCUUGCUGGAGGGAGGGAGGGCAGGACCCCAGCAGACUCCCCCAGGACGUCUACCCCUCUGUCCCUAGCCAUCCGUCCAGGGACAGUCCCCACUCUCCGUCUUCCUCAGAGGUCCUGCAGCUGGGAAAUGAUGUGGGGAGGCAGCCUCGUCAGCGGGAACGGCCUCACGUGGCUUCACUCUGUUGGAAAAUCCAGCCUCCCCAGCACGGCCCAGAGGCUGCCACCUCCUGUCAGGAGCCUAUGGAUGGUACAGAGAUGGCGGAGAGCCAGUCUCCCAAGUAAGAAAGAGGCAGGUCACCAGGCUGGAGCCCCACAUCCCCACGGCUGGCAUCAGGGCUCAGCCUGGAACCCACGCGGGGCCUGCCUGUGAGUCACCGACAGUCCCAGCAGGUAGCAGCUCCGUACGCGGAGCCGGCAGGACAGUCAGAUGGUUCCCUGUGUAGGGGCGCACCCAGCAUCUCACACCCGCCACAGCUUUGCGGUUUAAUGACUUUGCUGUUACUGCCCCCUCCCGCUCUGCGUGGUUUGUGGGGUGUGCCAGGCAGACAAGCUUCGCUCCCGCUCAUGCAGGCAGUAGAAGUCCUAGGUCCCUGCCACUUUCCUGGUGGUACCUUCUUUU